AUGGAUUCGGUGGCUGGCUUUUUUUGGGACGACGCGGCCACUAAAAGAAGGCGAAGCUCUCACAACGACCCGGCAGACGGCGCAAAGCCGUCUUUGAGUAAUGAAAGGAAGGGCAGUGUUGGUUCUCUUCAAGGGCAAGGCGGCGUGGGAAGUGUAUCCCAGAACUACUUAGCUGACAAGUUGGUCGAAAAGCUAAUAUAUAUGGCACUCCCGCCAUCUUCGGAGCUGGCGAAGAAAACCAUAGAACACAGGGUUGAGGCGAGCAGAAACAGACCUGGGCUAUCUGUACCAAUCAUGAGUCGAAAUUUCGUGCAGCUUAAUUCUCGACUCGGACCGCCAUUUCAAGUGAUAGACGAGGUUAUCAAAAUUUUCAACUGGACCAACACAGCGUAUACACUCUCGGUGCUUUCACUCUUCACUUACACAGUGAUGAAGCCGCUGCCGACCCUGACCAGUAUUCCUAUUUUUUACCUCCUUUUUGGAGUUAUGGUCCCCCAGUACCUUAAGAUCCACAAACCUGACUCCAGUUUGGUGUUUGCAUCGAACCCAGUACCUGCCACAGGCCCGCCUCUAGUGAAGGCGGAAGUUCCUAAGCCAGUCCCAGAGUUUAGCAAGGAAUUCAUACUAAAUCUUACCGAUCUUCAGAACCACAUGCUCUUGUACGUCAGUGCUUUUGACUUUGUUAAUGGCAUUCUAGCACGGUUCGCAUUCUUUACCGAUGAAAGCACGUCCAGCGCAGCUUUCCUGGCGCUACUAGUCCUUGCAUGGUUCAACGCACUUUUCAUGGACACUCUCUCGCGGUUCAUUCCCUUAAAGUCCCUCCUCAUAAUAUCAGGAUGGGCGUUGGCCCUGGCGCUGCAUCCGAGAUAUAGAGACCACUUUUUGAGCAAAAUAUACUCUGAGGAGACUAGACUGCGAGCCUUAAUGAUAUCCAGCAAAGUUGAAAAAAGGGUUAACGAGUACUUUCAAUAUCGUGAACCAAGAGAACUGCGGCAAGCUUCCAUUUUUGAAGUUCAAAAACUAGAUACGAGUAUUAAGACGUGGGGCUUGGUUGGCUACUCCACAGAUCAUUAUGCACUUUUCUCGGACUAUAGGAUAUCUGAAAAAGGCCUUGAGGACGCUUCACACACGCUGGAGGAGGUUAAGGCACCAUUAGAAUGGGAGUGGACAAAAGGUUCAAAGUGGGUUCAAGAUCUUGACCCGGUAUCGUGGGUUGCGUCUGAGUUUGUAGACUACGUGGACAUUGACGUUGAAGCAAAAUGGGUUUACGAUGCAUGUCUGGAUGGCUCCAGGGGAGACUAUAGACGAAGGAGAUGGAUUCGACAGUGCACGAGAAUAGCAGAACAGAUCAGUGUUUCAGAAAACACUUCCAGCGACACUACCGACGACGUUUAUCAACAGGGCCAAUUUAACGGAUACGCAAGUAGUUUCGCGCCAGAAACCGUCAGCGGUUCAACAGGCGUCCCAAAGCUGCAAAAAGACCAGCCCGUCGCAGCCAGCAGUAUCCCAAAAUCGAAUUCCGUGGGCUCUGCUUCAAGCGUUGGAAGCAAAACAACAGCCUCUGAAUCAGGUAAGGCAUCCUCCUCGAAAGCUGCCAAAAGCCUUACUGAUUUGUUGAACCUAACAUAA